AAGCCUCCACAGCUCAAGUGGCAGAGCAGGGAAUCAAACCCGGUUCUCCAGAUUAGAGUGCCCCUGCUCUUAACCACUACACCACCCUGGCUCUACCCCACGAUAGCACCAAUUCAUGCUUUACAGCAGGGGGCAAACUCAAUCGCACAGGGGGACAAAACUCAAAACACACUUUAGGUCUGAGGCCGAACAGGAUGAACAUUUAUUGCCAGGCAAGAAAAACCCCUCUGCCCCAUGGAGAAGGCAGCCGCCUGCUCCGUAGAGGUGACCGUGGCCUGCCUGGUGCCGCCAGGAAAACCCCUUUGCCCCGUGACCGCCUGCUCCAUUGGGCAAAGAGGAGAUGCCGGCAGUGGCAGCCUACCUAGUGCUGCCUGCUCUCCCACUGCGCGAGCCAGCACCACCGGGCAUACAAACCCCCUCUGGCCAACGAAGAAGGUAGCCGCUUGCUCCAUUGGGCAAAGAGGAGACAGCAGCGGUGGCAGCCUACCUAGUGCUGCCGGCUCCACCACUGCGCGAGUCAGAACCACCGGCCAUACAAACCCCCUCUGGCCAACGGAGAAGGUAGCCGCUUGCUCCAUUGGGCAGAGAGGAGACAGCAGCGGUGGCAGCCUACCUAGUGCUGCCGGCUCCCCCACUGCACGAGGCAGCACCACCGGGCAUGCAAACCCCCUCUGCCCAACGAAGAAGGUAGCCGCUUGCUCCAUUGGGCAGAGAGGAGACAGCAGUGGCAGCAGCCUACCUAGUGCUGCCAGCUCCACCACUGCGCGAGUCAGAACCACCGGCCAUACAAACCCCCUCUGGCCAACGGAGAAGGUAGCCGCUUGCUCCAUUGGGCAGAGAGGAGACAGCAGCGGUGGCAGCCUACCUAGUGCUGCCGGCUCCCCCACUGCACGAGGCAGCACCACCGGGCAUGCAAACCCCCUCUGCCCAACGAAGAAGGUAGCCGCUUGCUCCAUUGGGCAGAGAGGAGAUGGCGGCGGUGGCAGCAUGCCUAGUGCUGCCGGCUCCCCCACUGCACGAGGCAGCACCACCGGGCAUGCAAACCCCCUCUGCCCAACGAAGAAGGUAGCCGCUUGCUCCAUUGGGCAGAGAGGAGAUGGCGGCGGUGGCAGCAUGCCUAGUGCUGCCUGCUCUCCCACUGCGCGAGCCAGAACCACCGGCCAUACAAACCCCCUCUGGCCAACGGAGAAGGUAGCCGCUUGCUCCAUUGGGCAGAGAGGAGACAGCAGCGGUGGCAGCCUACCUAGUGCUGCCGGCUCCCCCACUGCACGAGGCAGCACCACCGGGCAUGCAAACCCCCUCUGCCCAACGAAGAAGGUAGCCGCUUGCUCCAUUGGGCAGAGAGGAGAUGGCGGCGGUGGCAGCAUGCCUAGUGCUGCCGGCUCCCCCACUGCACGAGGCAGCACCACCGGGCAUGCAAACCCCCUCUGCCCAACGAAGAAGGUAGCCGCUUGCUCCAUUGGGCAGAGAGGAGAUGGCGGCGGUGGCAGCAUGCCUAGUGCUGCCUGCUCUCCCACUGCGCGAGCCAGCACCACCGGGCAUGCAAACCCCCUCUGGCCAACGAAGAAGGUAGCCACUUGCUCCAUUGGGCAGAGAGGAGACAGCAGUGGCAGCAGCCUACCUAGUGCUGCCGGCUCCACCACUGCGCGAGUCAGAACCACCGGGCAUGCAAACCCCCUCUGGCCAACGGAGAAGGUAGCUGCUUGCUCCAUUGGGCAGAGAGGAGAUGGCGGCGGUGGCAGCAUGCCUAGUGCUGCCUGCUCUCCCACUGCACGAGCCAGCACCACCGGGCAUGCAAACCCCCUCUGGCCAACGAAGAAGGUAGCCACUUGCUCCAUUGGGCAGAGAGGAGACAGCAGUGGCAGCAGCCUACCUAGUGCUGCCGGCUCCACCACUGCGCGAGUCAGAACCACCGGGCAUGCAAACCCCCUCUGGCCAACGAAGAAGGUAGCCGCUUGCUCCAUUGGGCAAAGAGGAGACAGCAGCGGUGGCAGCAUGCCUAGUGCUGCCAGCUCUCCCACUGCACGAGUCAGCACCACCGGGCAUGCAAACCCCCUCUGCCCAACGAAGAAGGUAGCCACCUGCUGCUCCUUUGGACAGAGAGGGGGUGGCAGUGGUGCCCUGCAAACUUCCUCUGCCGGACAGAGAAUGUUACUGCCAGGAAAAUAAACAAAAUAUUUUCCUGAGUCAGGUUGCCUGGCUACACUGGUUCCAUGCCCGGAUGCGGAGACUUGUGUGGUUCAGAAGCCUCCAUAAGGCUCACAAAGAACACUUUUGUAUGCUUGUGCCAAUGAUACAUGGUUUCCCUCUUUAUGCUAUUCUAGAAUGU